AUGCAAGACGUAAAUUCAUCAGAAAACACCCACGGAUCAUAUGAAAAGGCCAAUCCCUAUAAAUACGGAUGCAUCAUGUACAUGCAUUUAGCAAAUUACGGGGCGACCCAGAUUUCAUUGGUGGUUGGCAUGAGUCUGUCAACUGUCAAGUACAUCAUUAAGAGAGUGGACGAGACAGGAUCGCCCGAGCCAAGAAAAGGGUCCGGACGACCUAGAAAGAUUGACGAGAGGACAGAAAGACACCUUGUUCAAAUAGUUCUGUUUAUUGAUGGUGAUUUUAUUAAAGUCAAGUAUUUCAACUCUGAUUCAAAAGUUUUUUCUUGUCUUGAAAUAUAUAAGCAUGAGGGAAUGAUCAGUUCAUGCAUAGAGAUGAUAGUACUAAAUACUGUCCUGUUUUUGUACAAGUUAGUAGAAAUAUUCCAGGAUGAAGAUGUUCUGAUUAAUACUCAGAUAAAUGAUUGCCAAGACUCCAGUUGUACCAAUUUUCGAUCCAAAAUGAUAUAA